AUUUUGAUCCCAUAUUUUGUAAUGAAGAGGGAACCUUAGUUCUCUUCCUCUCAAUUGUAUUGUCUCGGGUCCACUAUUUCUAUUUUAUCCAAAUCUCCAAUUUUAAAUAUAUUUUUGCAUAUUAUCCAACAUAAUUUACAUUCUCUGUCUAAUAAUUUCUAAAAGGAUUUUGUUGAUAUAUUGUUGUUUUGAUGCAAAAUUAGAUUACUUUUUUUUGUUUUUUAUUUUACUCCUAACAUAUGAAGUUCUCUCCUCUUAACAUAUUAAAGAACCAUUAGGAUUGCAGGCAUUAUGCUGAAGUUGCUUGAACAGCGAACUCUAUACUUGAAUGAUAAAUCACUCAAGAAAAUGGAAAGGUUCCGCUUGCUCGUAUUUGAUAAUGUAGUCCUUUCUACAACCAUUAAUUGUGUUCCCAAUGAUUUAAGGUUUAUUGAAAUUCCUGGAUACCAAUUUCCAACCUUCACCUUCAAUUGUGGUCUGAAACAACUUGUCAUACUAAGCAUGCCUCACAGCCAUAUCCGUGAAUUCGGGAAAGGAUUCAGGGAGUUUUGUAGUAAACGUCUCCCAGGAUACAACGGCUGCAAAAACUUUCAGAUUCAGCACCUCUGAAGCUUUUCUCUUCGAACUAUCUGAGUACCUUCCCUUUAUCACUGUUUUUUGUUCUCUCUCAUUCAACUCCAAAAAAAUCCCUUUUUUUUUUUUCUUAUUUUCUGUAAAAAAACUGUAGAAACGUUAUCAAAGAACGUGUAAGUAACCAACUCUAAACAACAAAGAGUUGUAAAGAAAAAUUCUUAAGAAAAAUUCCUGACUUAUCAACCGUCCCAAAUCUUGAGAAAUUGUUGCUUAGCCAUUGUUCAAAUUUAGUUGAGAUUCAUCAGUCUGUCGGAUAUCUGACAGGGCUAGUUACUUUGGAACUUGAAUCCUGCAGCACCCUUAGAAGUUUUCCAAGCAAUUUGAUGUCUAAAUCUUUACAACACUGAAUUUCAGAGGCUGCUCAAUUUUCGAGAAUUUUCCCAAUAUUGUUCACAAGAUGAAACACUUGGACUGUCUAGAUUUAUAUGGGACUGCUAUCAAAGAGUUGCCUUCGUCAAUGGAGCUUUUGGUAGGGCUUAGAAAGUUCAGCUUAUUCUCUUGCGUUGAGCUUAUGUUUAUUCCAACUAACAUUUAUAAACUACUGAAUCUUGAACAUCUUCUUCUUGGUGAUUGCUCAAAACUCUCCAAGUUUCCAAAGAAUAUCACAUUCUCAAAGUUUGAUGAACUCUUGCAUAGUCCAACCAAAACUCUUUCCUCUUGUCAUUCAAACAUGUGGUAGUUUUGAAUUUCCCAAUUUAAAGUCCCUCAAUCUUGAAAACUGUAAUCUUUCAGAAGUAGAUCUCCUCGUGAAUCCUUACAGUUUUUCCAAGCUUGAAAGCUUAAAUCUAGCUAGAAACAAGUUUCUCAGACUUCCCUCCUUUCGCAAGCUUUUUAACCUUUCAGAUCUUAAUUUAUCCAAAUGCGAACUGCUCUGGGAAAUUCCAGAGCUUCCACAGUUUGUGUUGAAACUAGAUGCAAGUGACUGCAAGUUAUUGGUUGAGACUCAUGAUCAGAUCAUGGCCAAGAUCAUAUCCAAUGAUGUGGUCAAUGUCACAACCAAUAAGCUGCAACAUUUCGUAUGGUACUCUGAAAUCAAAGUUAUACUACCAGGAGAUGAUAUUCCAAACUGGUUUACCAAUAAGCAAGAAGGGAAAUCUAUAUCCAUCCUUCUAUAUCCUGAUAUACUGAGGAAAUUGAGUGGGGUUAUCAUUUGUGCUGUACUUCAAGUGGAGAGUGUCGAACUUAUGUUGCCAUUAGAAGUUUUGAGAAAUGAUCCUCUUCAUACAAGGAUUCUUGAAAGAAAAGUCCUAUUAAAACCAGGGAAUAUGCAACCUUUUUAUCUCCCUGCUAGUGUUAUUUUCCAGUUGUUUUCUCCAUUGGAUAUUAGCAAAUGCAGGGUCUCAUUUUCUGACUCGAAGAGAUCAACAAAAGUUGUCACUAGGUGUGGGAUUUAUAUAUUGCAAGAUGAUGAAGAUGAGACCGGGAUUCAUAAAGUACUCUCAAACAGGUCAUUUUGGCGAAAAAUGCAGUUUGAACAAGAAGAACCAUUUGUAGUAUCACAUUCUUCUGAUGAUCAUUUAGACGUGCCUGAUCAGCCUGAUCUUAAUGACCCAACACCAAGUAAGAGAUGCUUUGCUAAUUUUGCUUAUCAAGACCCCCAGACCAUGUGGAGUUUACGUCCGGGGGAAAGGCGUUUUAACUUCGUCAAAAAUUCUUUGGUUAAUAUUGUUGGUACAUGGCCUUUUGACAAUAUGAACUAGCUGUUUUUCAAUAGCUAUUGGAUUUCUUUUGGAAGCAUGAAGCUCAGUCUAAUUGAGAAAUUCCUUAAUAUGUAAUAGAAAUCCUUAUUCCACAGAAGUUACCUUUGGCAAAUAUCCGUA